GCGGCGCUGUGGGGGCGCGGAGGGGCCCCGGGGGCCCCGCGUGUCCGUCGGGGCCCGUGUCUGCCCGCGGGGGGCCGGGGUCACGCGAGGCAGACCCCUGAGGUGGGGUCCCGGGGGCGCCGCGAGGGGGUGCGGCGUGCGCCCCGCCCCGCGCCCCCGACACCCCGCUCGCCCGGGGCCGGUGUCAGUCCCACUUCCUCCCGCAGAGACCCCCGGGCGCCCGCCCUGCCCGCCGACGCCCCCAGGUCAGGUCCUGGCACCCCCGAUGGUCGCCCGAGCCCCUCCGGGAGUGAGUCCUGGGCACCGCCGGGUGUGGCCCAAGGCCCCCCACCACCGGGGAAGAAAGUUAAGCAUCUUUCUCCUGGAAGGGAGAAAUAAAUAAUUUGGGACCCGAGCGACAGCACGGCGGGGAGGGCGUUUGCCUCGCAUGCCGGCGACCCGGGCUCGAUCCCCAGCGCCCCAUAGGGUCCCCCGAGCACCGCCAGGAGUGAUUCCUGAGUGCCGAGCCAGGAGUGACCCCUGAGCACCGCCGGGUGUGGCCCAAGAAACAACAAAAAAGAAGAAAUAAUUUAAUUUUUUUCCUCUCCUUAAAAACAUUUAUGCCCUGUGCGGUCCCUCGUGGUGAGGUUUCUAGAAUCCCCUUUGCACACCUGUGACACGUCAGCAUCCCCGUCCCGGACCCCCUGCACACCCCUCUCCCGGCUGACCCGGCUUAUUCCUUAUAAGGUGUGUGCGCCUCACCUGCGCGCCUCCUUCGGCCUUAGUCCUUCUGACUGUCCGCCCCGCCCCGCGCUUCAGCCCCGUCCCCCCCACCCCAGGGCGUCCACCUUUCCUGAGGCCCCGCAGGAUUCCCCGGUGCACCUCGUACCUCCAUUUCUUUCUCUGCGCACCUGUUGGUAUGCACUUGGGUUAGAAUGACCGAUUCUUUUUACGGGGAGAGGUUCACACCUGGUGAUGCUCAGGGUUCCCUCCUAGCAGUGCUCAGGGGACGUACAAAGCAGCUGUCCUGCCCGCUGUACUGUCGCUCCGGCCCAGGAAUAUCUAACUCCUCCGUGACCCGUUGCACCUUUACUGCAUGGGGCCCAGGAGCAGUUGAUAAGUGAAUAUUUGUUUUUCUUUUCCCCCAAUUUGGGGGCCAUACCUGCCGAUGCUCAGGAGUUGCUCCCGGCUCUGAGUUCAGGAAUUACUCCUGGCGGCGCUCAGGGGACGAUACGGGGUGCUGGAGAGUGAACCCGGGUUGGCUGAGUGCAGAGCACGUGCCCUCCCCGCUGUGCUUCUGCUCUGGCCCUCAUGAGCGAGGGUGUCCGGUCAUCGUUAUCCCUUCAGUGUUUCGGAGCCCCUGGCCCGAGUGAGUCAGCACCGUGGGCCCCCACGGACUCCCUUUGGGGUGCUUCCUGCCGGCAGUGGUCUGGGGGCAAUCCUGGCGGGCCUGGCAGGAGGGGCCCCACCACCCCGGGCCUCUGUCCUCGGCCUUUCAGCUGGAGACCAGGCUGGCAGAGGUGAGGGGAGGGGAGGUGAGCCGGGGAGAUGCCCCCCGAGACGGGUUCCAGCCCAGACCCCCGGCAGUAAGCGAGCAAGGGGAGUGGAGACACAGCAGACACCGUGGGGGCCUGGGGACACAGGCGACAGGCUUCUGCCAUUCUCCCCGGGCCCUUGGCUCUCAGAGGGACAGAGGGGCCCUCGGGCAGCCACCGGCUAUGAGACUGGGGACGUGCUUUGUGGCCCCUUGUCCAUCCUGCUUCCCGCUGCGGCUUGUGGGUCCGGCCUGGGGCUCCUGCCUUGGCUCCCGGACUCCUCCCUUUGGCUGUUGUUGGGGGGAUAUAGUGGGACCCCCCCGCCCCUGCCUGUGGCUGCAGGGACCACUUGGGUGCAGCUUCGGAGGUGGUGGCACGCUGAGAGCCUCCCCUCCUGUCCCCGUGCAGCCUUCGGGGCCUGGGGAGCCUUGGGCCCCGGCCCCCCCGGCCGCUGAGAAGAGCCCGUAUCUCUGCUCCACCGAGAUCACCCUCUGGACCGUGGUGGCCGCCGUGCAGGCCGUGGAGAGGAAGGUGGACAGCUGCCUGGCCCGGCUGCAGAGGCUGGAGGGCCGCGUGGGCAGCGCCGAGAAGAAGCUGGUGGACUGCGAGAAGACGGCGGCCGAGUUCGGCCACCAGCUGGAGGGCAAGUGGGCGGUGCUGGGCACCCUGCUGCAGGAGUACGGGCUGCUGCAGCGGCGCCUGGAGAACAUGGAGAACCUGCUGCGGAACCGCAACUUCUGGAUCCUGCGCCUGCCGCCCGGCAGCAAGGGCGAGACCCCCAAGGUGCCCGUGACCUUUGAUGACGUGGCCGUGUAUUUCUCCGAGCGGGAGUGGGGCGGGCUGGACGCCUGGCAGAAGGAGCUGUACAAGCACGUGAUGCGCGGCAACUACGAGACGCUCGUGUCGCUGGAUUAUGCCAUCUCGAAGCCCGACCUCCUCGCGCGCCUGGAGAGGGGAGAGGACCCUUGUCCCCAAGGCCCGUGGGGCCCCAAGGAAGGGAGUGGGGGAGAGGCCGCGGGCCCCAGGCGUGAAGCCGCAGGUGGCCUCCCCCCACCUCCGGAACACGCCCCGGGGGACCCGGCCGGAGUUCCCACCCGCGAGCACCCAGAGGCCAGCACCCCGCCCCCCGGGCCGAGCACGGACCUGCCACCGUGCUCCGUGACGCCAAAACCCUGUCCCCCGAGCCUCAUCAGCGUGGCCGGGCCUGAGUUCUCGGCCUCCACCCUGCCCGUAGUCCCUGCUGCCCACGCCAGUGUCCGGCGCCCCAUGAAUUCAGAGGGCGAUGCUUCCGAGCGGGGGGCGCCGGCCUCUCCCACGGGGGACGCGGGUCCAGGUGGCCGCGCCGUGGUCAUCAAGACGGAAGCCCUGUCGGAGGAGGAGGACGAGACGCUGCCCGAGCUGCUCCUCCAGGGUGACGCCCCCCGCCAGCCCGUGCAGAGACUGCCCCAAGGGGGCCCUGAGCCGCGGACCGCCCCGGGGCUGGCCAGGGGACCGCGGCGUCCGCGGUCCCGCGAGGAGGCCCCCCGGGCCCUGCCGCGCCGGCGCCGCGCGCAGACCUUCCCGUGCCCCGAGUGCGGCCAGAGCUUCCGCCUGAAGAUUAACCUGGUCAUCCACCGGCGCGCACACGUCGAGGAGGCGGGCGCGCCGGCCGCGCUGGAGCCGGGGGAGGUGGCGGUGCCCGGCCCCAUCCUCCGCUGGCUCCCGCGCCGGGCCUUACGCUGCGGCCAGGCAGGCCAGUGCCUGCCGGGCUUCCCGCAGCGCCGCGGGCUGCUGCUGCACCAGCGCGCGCACGCGGGCCCCGGCCUUCCCGCCCGCGCCCGCCGCCGUGCCUUGGAGUGCACCCGCCGCCCUGCCGCGCCCCUGCAGCGGCGCGGCCACCUGGAGGAGGGCUGACCGCGGCCCCGCGCGACCCCUCCGCCCGCGGCCCGGCCUGCCGCGCGCGGGAAGAAGGGCGGCCGAGAGGGUGCCCAGCGCUCGCCUGCCGUGUCCACGUUCCCCGUCGUGGGGACCCGGGCUGUGGAGGGGCCUCUGGCCGGGCCCUUCCCACUGUCCCCCGGGGCGCCCUGGUCAGAGGAAGGGAUUCCUGGGGACUGACCUUCCCACGUGCUGCCUGGAAGGCCUGCUCCUGGGUGCUGAGUUUGCAGAGGGCACUGGCAGCUCCUGGGGGGGGUGUUGGGGGGCGCUGUUACUUCGCCUCCUUUGUGGGGAGACAGGGUUGUCCAGACCCCCUCGGGUGUUGAUGGGGCGCCUUGACCCCUGCCUUGGGAGUCAGUGGCCACCCAGGUGUGUGUGACCUCAAGCGCCCAGCCCUCCCCGCAGUCAGUGUUCACCCUCCAGCACAGGCGGGCGGGGUUGGGUGCAUGGGCACCCCGAGAUUAGCAGCCCUGGAGGAGCUGGUCCCCCAGCCCGUCCUCCGGGGCCCCAGGUCUGAGUUGUGUCUCGCUGCAGAGAGUCUGAGGUCGUGGGGUUCUGGCAGGAUUGGGGAGUUCCCCGUACCUCAUGCUCAGCACUCCCCGGGGGACACUCCAGUGCUUCUACCUCACCUCCAGCAUGCCUGAGCCAGGCGGCCCUCCAGGAUGACCCUCCCUCCCAUCAGCCUCCGGCCCCCUUUCUGGGCCCUGGAACUAAUGUCCUUACGCGUCAUCCCUCAGGAGGGGCCUUCGCUCCGUGGGGUGCGGGUGGGGGCCCGCGGGGAGCGGUGAACCCACGUCCCUGUCUUCACGUUACUGGCACCACUCCUACUGAAGCUGGGGCGAUGGCCUCAGCCAUACCGAUGGAUGCCUUACUUGGCACUGGGUGGCAGGCGCGUGGCCCCGGCCGUGCCGUUUCUUGUCGCCUCCUUUUGGCCCUCACACGUCCUCUGAGUCAGGGAUCUGACCGAGGCCAGGGGGACACUGGAGAGUCUCAGCUCAGCUGCCCAGAAGAGGGUCCUGCUUGUCUGCAGACACCCCCUCCCCGGGGGCGCCACAACUCAGGGUGGGGCCCGCAGCAGGUGCUCAGGCCGCACAUGGUGCAGAUGGAGCUGCUGAGCGUAACCCCCGGCUGUUUCCUGGGGUCGCCACGGGCAGGGCUGAGCUCCCGAGCGCGCCUCUCCCCAACGCCGGGGGUCCCGCUCCCCGCUCCGGGAACGACGGGAGGGCGGGGACAGAACCCCAGUGCUCAAUAAACACGUCGCAGUCGGA